AUGGAUGGAUUUGUCUUUUGCUGCGCACCGUGUAAACCACGAUAUCGACGACUCGUUGACGCCAUAUAUCCUAGUAAUGAUAAUCCUAGAUCGUUAACUGAAGGGUUGAUCCAUGGAAACAUGCAAAAACUGACAUUUUACGCAAUUUCUCAGCCAGAGAAAUUGGUUCGGAUUGGUGAAUAUAUCGUUUGGCGUAUGUCAAGAGAUCUGUAUCGGCAGCGAUAUAAUCAAGUCAAGAUCUCAGUUGAAGCAAUGGACCAGUUGCUGCAGAGUUGCCACGAUUUGUCGAGUUUGAAUCAGUUCAUCGAAAGUUUCUUAAAAAUGCUUCAAAAAUUGCUCGAGACAAACAAUUUUGAAAUGGAGGAGUUGGCAACAGAUUCAUUCGUUAAUUUUGCGCACAUUGAAGAAAAUACACCAGCUUAUCACAGACAGUACGAUUUUUUCAUAUCAAAAUUUGCGGCAAUGUGUCAUUCGAAUCAAGGCGAGAAUGCGAAAGCGAUUCGAUAUGCAGGAUUGCGUGGCCUUCGAGGUGUGCUCUGGAAGUCGGCCGCAGAUCCGCUUCAAGCGAGCAUUUGGGAGAAACAACACAUGGACAAAAUCGUUCCGUCAAUUCUGUUCAAUCUUCAAGAUGAUGAAAGUCAGCAAAACACUGAGGCGGUCGCAAAUGCACCGUUUCUCGAUCAACCAUACGCAGUUGAUGAUGUUGCAGACAGUCCGAAAGCACUAUCCGACCAAUUUUUGAGAGAACUCAUGGCCAAAGCACCAUUCGGCUUGAUUUCUGUGUUAGAACCGGUAUUAAAACAUUGCGAUCUGCACAAAAAGUGGGAACCGCCGGCAACGUUCGCUGUGAUGACUUUCCGUGCAAUCAUGUACAGUAUCAAAGAUCCAUGCUUUGUCAUUCAGGCGUUGAUAAAUCAUCUGGAAAAUAUGUCCAAUUCGAAUGCUUCGAUUCGUAUUGGUAUUGCAACUGUCUUAUCGAGUAUUGUUUCAAUUGCUGGAACAAGCAUAUUCAAUUCACUACUAAAACACUUACGUCAGUCGGUUGAAUUUCAACUGUCCAAAGAAUGUCCUUCAGCAGAAGAAGAAAAAAUCUAUCAAGUUACACUUAUCAAUGCGAUGGGUGAUUACGCAAACGCACUUCCAGAUUAUCAAAAGGUGGAAAUAAUGAUGUUUACGGUUGGUAAUAUACCAAAGUUAGGGGAAGAUGGACGUGCGUCGAAACCGGGUGAUGCUUUUUUACAAAAUGUUCUCGUGAAGACAUUGCUCAAGGUGGCAACAAAAUACAAAACUGCUUAUCUGGCGACUAUUUUCGCAGAUUCUUUUCUCGGAACGCUUUUGCAGUUAGCUCUCGUUGCUGAUCCUCUUGUACGUCUUGAUACUCAACAAAUUUUCCAUACAUUAUUGGAUAGACAUGAUAACGUUUCGUUGCUAGAGCAUCUACCUUAUCUGCCAGACGUUGCCGAUUUGCAAUUAACUGUUGAGAAGUGCUCUCGUGCAGACCAAAUGUUCAUGCAAAAACAUGUGCUUGCAUUUACGAAUAUGUUAUACAAAAGUGUGUAUUUGAUACCGGAAACAAACGAAGUGGAAAUGAUGAAGCACAUUGAUGCAGUUCUUUGUACGAUGGCUUUGUUGUGUGUUGAAGUUGGGAUUGAUGAGGUGAUCGUUGAACUGUUUCGUCUUUCAUUCGCGUUACAAGCGAUCGCGGUCGAUUCAUCGUGUGGAUUCGCAGGUGCUAAACGUAUAGCAAUCCAUAGUUUGGUCGCAAGAUACCUGAAUCUGAGUAGUCAAUUGAUGGCCAUACCGUCGUUGUGUCAGCACGUUCAGCAGGUUGUGAAUGAACGUGCGAUUAGAGGACCUAUUCCGUUGAAUCAUCUGGCUGAAGGCAUUUCGAAUGAUUCUUCACUCAGUAACGCUUUUGCAUCCAGCAACGAGCAGCGAUAUGCUGCAGUUCCAAUUCAAGAAGAUGCCUCAUCACUUUUAUUCGACAAAAACGAUGUUGCUGAAAUGUUGAAGGCAUCUGGUAAAGACGUGCAACGAUUUGCGAUUCCAUUCGUGACAAAAGCAAAUUUUACGACAAAUGAUAAUGACGCUUCAUCAAGAGCAAUAAUGAUUGAUAGAACGGAUAAUUUCUCGGGGAUGGGCAUGCUGAAUGGAUUUGCGAAUGGAAAUGCUGCACAAAGUAUUGUUGAUGACAGUACAAUUUCAAUUGAUAUGAGCAUUGACUGGACUCCACCCGACUCGCGUCACGCGUCCAGACGUAAUACGUUGUUCGCCAAUCCUCGUGGUGGUGAUAUAUUCGGAUUACCGUUAAGCGUAGCAGAUUUACGCAAAACAUUAAAUAAUCGAUUAGAUGGAAUGGAAGAGGAACGUCGUGAACAAGAACGCAGUUGUACUGAAAUGACGAAAGCAAUAGAUGUUGAACCAGAAAUGUUGCCCACUGCUCCGUACAUUGACUUCGAGUGUAGAGCGGAGGCAUCACAUCAGUGUUCAUCUGGACUCUUAUCAGUGUUCUGGACUCUUAUCACUAUCAGUGUUCUCUUGGCCUUAUUGCCACGAGAGACCUUAACAGAAGUUAGUGAUGACAGCGGUAUCGUUGGAAAUGUUAUCAUGACAUGUAAUUUCGAAGUGAAUGCUUCUUUUGGACCAUAUUCGCUAUUUUUUCAGGAACGAACGCGCGAAAUACUCGAAAGGUUUCGUGAACAGCCGUUCGACAAAUUAGUCGAAUGUAUUCAAAAGGACAAAAAUGAAACAGAUUUAUCUCAUACGUUGAAUCGACUUCUGCAACGCAGUAAUGAUGCGAAUCGAAUUAACGAGUUCGCUCUCAGCGAGAAACCAAAAAAUAUAUUCGAACUGAAAAUGCCGGAAUCAUUCGUUUACUGA